AUGGCAGCAAUAAAGUAUCAAGAGAUAACCGGUUUUAAAAAAAAGAGGCAGCUACCAGCUUCAGAAAAUGAGAGGCAGCUACCACCUUCAGUGAAUGAGAGGCAGCUACCAGCUUCAGAGAAUGAGAGACAGCUACCAGCUUCAGUGAAUGAGAGGCAGCUACCAGCUUCAGUGAAUGAGAGGCAGCUACCAGCUCCAGAGAAUGAGAGGCAGCUACCAGCUUCAGAGAAUGAGAGGCAGCUACCAGCUUCAGUGAAUGAGAGGCAGCUACCAGCUUCAGUGAAUGAGAGGCAGCUACCAGCUUCAGAGAAUGAGAGGCAGCUACCAGCUUCAGAGAAUGAGAGGCAGCUACCAGCUUCAGAGAAUGAGAGGCAGCUACCAGCUUCAGAGAAUGAGAGGCAGCUACCAGCUUCAGAGAAUGAGAGGCAGCUACCAGCUUCAGAGAAUGAGAGGCAGCUACCAGCUUCAGAGAAUGAGAGGCAGCUACCAGCUUCAGAGAAUGAGAGGCAGCUACCAGCUUCAGAGAAUGAGAGGCAGCUACCAGCUUCAGAGAAUGAGAGGCAGCUACCAGCUUCAGAGAAUGAGAGGCAGCUACCAGCUUCAGAGAAUGAGAGGCAGCUACCAGCUUCAGAGAAUGAGAGGCAGCUACCAGCUUCAGAGAAUGAGAGGCAGCUACCAGCUUCAGAGAAUGAGAGGCAGCUACCAGCUUCAGAGAAUGAGAGGCAGCUACCAGCUUCAGAGAAUGAGAGGCAGCUACCAGCUUCAGAGAAUGAGAGGCAGCUACCAGCUUCAGAGAAUGAGAGGCAGCUACAAGCUUCAGAGAAUGAGAGGCAGCUACCAGCUUCAGAGAAUGAGAGGCAGCUACCAGCUUCAGAGAAUGAGAGACAGCUACCAGCUUCAGAGAAUGAGAGGCAGCUACCAGCUUGUUCUCACACUUCUGGCAAUCCUCGUGACUGUAUUUGGAGAAGCUAA